AACAUUCUGGCUUUAAAUCCCCGAAAACAGACACAUGCAACUCUUCAUUCAACUGCAGCAAAGAAACAAGUCAAGAAGCAAUGGAAAAGGAAUUCUGACAAAAGCUGUUCAAACUGUGAGAAACUGGAAAAUAAUUUUGAUGACAUCAAGCACACGACUCUUGGUGAGCGAGGAGCACUUCGAGAAGCAAUGAGGUAAGUCUGGGUCACCAUAGCAACAGUCACAGAUGUGGUAAAGAAAGAGUCAUUCUUCAUUAUUGGGGGAACAAAUGAGUUCAUUGCCACCAUUCAGCUCUAUUCUCUAAGGUAUUAAUUUGUCAGUGGAGAGGCUUCCCUUGAGGCUGUACUUUGGUUUUGAAGCUGCAUAAAUGUUAAGCCUGACUGCACAGUAAAAAACGUAAAUGUUUAAUUUGUUAUUUAAAAUGCUUAAGGGGUGCCUUGCUUUAU